UUUACUUUUUGGUAACAAUUUACUUUUAAAAAUACUAAUUUGUGUUUUAGAAAAUGAUAAAGUCUUUCAAAGCAAUCUCUUUUUUUAAACGACUUUUAUGCAAGCCUAUGUAUUGUACUUUAGGCCACAUAUUAAUUGGAGGAGGAACGGGAUUCGUUGGAAGUAAGUUAAGAGAUAUUCUGAUAAAAGAGAAUUAUAAAGUUACCGUGAUUUCAAGAGUUAAGACAGGAGAAAAUCACAUUAUAUCUUGGGAAGAAUUAAUAAGAAACGGUAUCCCCAAAGGGAUCACUGCUGUAGUAAACUUGACAGGUGAAUCCAUCAUGGUUCCUUUCAAAUAUUUUGGAAGUGAUUAUAUGCAACGCAUUUGGAUCAGCAGAGUUGGUUCAACAAUGUUACUUACAGACAUCAUUAAUAAUACAAAAUGCAAACCAGAUGCAUUCAUUACCAUCACUAGUACUGACAUUUAUCCAUCUGAUGGAUUUCACACAGAAGAUUAUAUCCCCAAUAAUAAAAUUAACUGUAAUUUCUUUACGCAAUUAGCAUCAGGUGUUGAAAAUGCUACAUAUAACUUAUCAACUAGAGUACGUCAUGUAUCAAUUAGAACAGGAACUGUUCUGGAUCAUAAUGGAGGAUUCAUGAAAUGGUUGUAUUACCCUACUCUAGUAGGUUUAGGGACUAAUAUAGGGAACGGAUAUCAAUAUCAACCUUGGAUACACAUAUGUGAUUUAAUUUACCUCAUACUAUUUUCAAUAGAAAACAAACAAAUAAAUGGCAUAUUAAAUGGAGUAUCACCUGAAAUUAUAACUAACCAUCAAUUAACAAAAAUAUAUGGGCAAAUGUUAAACAGAUCGGUCAAGUUGAAUUUACCUCAAAGAAUAUUAAUAGCAAUUUAUGGAAAAGAAAGAUCAAAAUUAAUAUUAAAAGGGAGACAAGUAAUACCUAUGAGAACUUUGCAGUAUGGUUUUAAAUAUGAAUACAGAGAAAUAAUCAAGGCUUUAGAAAAUAUAUUGAGAAAUUAA